AUACAAAUAUAUACUGAUACCAAUUAAACAGCAAGACACAGAAAUAAAAUAUAUAUUAAAAGCGAGAUUAAGGAUGAUGACAUGAUUUGAAGGACAAAAUAGUAAUUACACUAGCUAGGGUGGGGGCAACGGGUGAGGGUGUUCAAUAUAAUAAUCUAAGGAGAAUAAAAUAUAUAGAUGGCCAAAGGUUUAGAAAGCUCAUAUAACUUGUGAUCACAUCGGCUACCACUCAAUUACAAAACUCGUCUUCAUCAACAAUCAAUACACUUGUUCUCUCAGGGAAGUAUUUGAAGAAAAAUAUAUAAAGACGAAAAAGAUGGGUUACUGGAAAUCCACAGUGGUACCAAAAUUCAAGAAGUUGUUCGAAAAGAACAACGUUAAAAAGGCAGGUGCCGCCGAAGCUUGCAAGACCUUUGAUGACGCUAAGGAGGAUUAUAGCAAAGAGUUUGAGGAGAAGAAGGCUGAUCUCAAAGCUAAAGUUCUUGAAAUUUAUGAAGCUUCAGCUGCCGAAAUCAAGGCAGUGGUGAAGGAACGCAAGGAGGGCGCCUUGAAAAAGGUUUCUUCGGCAGUCGAAAAGUUCCUCGAGGAACUCUCUAAAAUAGAAUUUCCGGGGUCGAAACCAGCUCAUGAAGCAUGUUGCAAGUAUGGUCCGACCUAUGUCGAGGGACCUAUCUAUUUCGUCUUCGAAAAGGUGUCAACUUUCAUAGUGGUCGAAGAGAAAAAAGAAGAGGCCCCACCAGCAACCGAACCAGAAGCACCAGCAGCUCCGGUGGAAGAAACGAGCAGCAAAGAGAAAGAAAUCGUGGUGGAAGAAGAGAAAAAAGAAGAGGUGGUAGUGGUUGCUGAGGUUGAGAAAACACCAGAAUCCGAGGCGCCCAAGGCCGAGGUUGAGAAAACAGUACCAGAACCCGAGGCGACUAAGGCCGCCGAAGUGGCCCCAACCGAGCCACCCAAGGCUUGUUGAUCGGGUUCAAUGGUGUAUCGUAUGAAUGAAUGGUUUGUGAAAAUUAAUUAAAGGUUCUGUAAACAAAAAUUACUUGAACAAAUUUGUUAUUCUUUUCUUUUGAUUUAAGGGGUGGAGUGGUUUACCCACUUACCCCUUUUUGUAAUACAGUGAAAACGUUUUGUUGGGUGUAUUGGUUUCAACUUUCUUGUACAUUAAUGUUGUAAUUUGUAUGAUAUUUAAUUAAUGAUAAAUUAUUUACCGUUUAUAUUUA